AUGAGUAGUAGAGUCCAUAAGAAAACAACGGCCAAUCUGUUGGCCAUCAAGCAGCACUCUGAUGAAAUGAUAAGAGAUUUCCUCGUGAGAUUCAACAAUGAGGCGUUGGAAAUACGAAACUUGGACCCUAUUGUGAAAUUCCAUGCCCUGCGCAAUGGGAUCAAGUAUGUUGAAUUGAAGAAGUCCCUGAUCAUAGACGAGCCAGCAGAUAUGUAUGAUCUCUUCUCGCAUUGCAAAAUUCACAUCAACCUUGCAGAAGUUCUUGCAGCCGAGCAAGAGAAGGAAACAAAGGCAAAAAAGAAAAAUCCAGAAAAGAAAGAUUCCCAUCCUGGAGGAAAUAGCCACAAAGAUGGAAAGGACCAAAAUGAUGGGACGAGAAAGAGAGAUGAUCGGGCGUGGCUUUCAAGGAGCGAUUCGAAGCCGGAGCUAACCUAUACUGCCCUCACCCACAACCGAACAUAUAUCCUCAAUGAAAUUAAGGACCAAGUGACCCUGCGUUGGCCAGGAAAGAUGAUUAAGCCUACACAUGAUCACAAUAAGAACACGUACUGUAGAUUCCACCAAGAUCACGGCCAUGACAUGGAGGAGUACAGGCGGUUGAAGGAGGAGAUAGAAGCCCUCAUCCAGAGGGGCCACCUAAGUAGAUUCAUAAAGAAGGAUGGCGGUGACCAGAGGCAGGAGAACCAACCAUGA